AAAAAAAAAAAAAACAGCCUCCUUCUUCAAACAACUUUCAACAACCCUCUCUCGCAUAGAAAAAAAUUACAAUCUCCCUUAUAUAAUUUCCCUCUUCCUUUUUCUUUCUUGUCUCUCUCCACCACGCUCGUUCAAAUCGCCGCAAGAGAGGCCCUGGCUGGCUUGGUUGCAGACCUCCCCUCGUUUCGCUCCCUUGUUGUGUUUGUCGGUCGCCUUGCAGGAAACCUUCCCUAGCUUCUACCCAAGUUAACCUACUCUCUCUCCUUGGGGAUCCGACGACACCGUCCACCGUCCACCACCACCACCACCACCAACCGCUACCGCCACCGCCAUCGCUGCGACAGGCUAUACUGAGGUUUGAAAGAUUGGGGUGUUUUGUUGUCGGGGGAGGUCCUUUUUUUUUUCUCCUCUCGACUAGGUGCAGGGCAUUGGAGGGCGUUUGGUGACAGGAGCACCUCGGCUCCUUGGACGAUCCAGGAUGAUUUCAGACAAAUAUGUCGGCCUGCUGUUGGCCAUCUGCUCGACAAUGGCUAUAGGUACGAGUUUCGUCAUUACCAAGAAGGGCUUGAUGCAAGCGUCGGAACGCCAUGGUUUUGAGGGAGAAGGCUUCUCGUAUCUGAAGAGCCCCAUUUGGUGGAGCGGAGUCGUGACAUUGGGCAUUGGUGAAGUCGCAAAUUUCGCAGCGUACGCGUUUGCCCCGGCGAUUCUGGUCACGCCACUGGGCGCGUUGAGCGUUUUGAUCGGAGCCGUUCUAGGUUCCUACUUUUUACACGAGAGGCUGGGAAGGCUGGGGAAACUCGGCUGCGCCAUGUGUCUCCUUGGUUCGGUGGUCAUCGUGCUCCAUGCACCUCCCGACAAACCGGUCGAGAGAAUUGAUGAGAUUUUGGGAUAUGCGCUCCAGCCAGGUUUCCUUUCAUACUGCCUGGCCGUCGCCAUCUUCUCGGUCGUUAUGAUAUACCGUAUCGCGCCCGUGUACGGCAAGAGGAACCCGCUCAUCUUCAUCUCCAUCUGCUCGACUGUUGGCUCGGUCUCGGUCAUGUCGGUCAAGGCGUUUGGGAUCGCCCUGAAGCUCACUUUCCAAGGCAACAACCAGUUCACCCACGCCUCCACCUAUGUUUUUGCCAUUGUCACCGGCUUCUGUAUCCUAACCCAGAUGAACUAUUUCAACAAAGCUCUCAAUGAGUUUUCGACUUCUAUUGUCAACCCGUUGUAUUAUGUCACGUUCACCACGGCGACGCUGUGUGCGUCCUUCAUCCUGUUCAAAGGCUUCAACACAACCGAUGCGGUCAACACAAUCUCUCUGCUCUGCGGCUUCCUGAUCAUCUUCACGGGUGUCUACCUGUUGAACCUGUCCCGCAACGACCCGGACGGUCGGCAGUUGGCCAACAAGAUCGAUGACGAAGGGAUCCCGACCGAUGGGAUUACCAGCUUCCAGACCCGGCGGUCCAUGCAAUCCCGACGCAGCACCGAUCCCCAUCGCCGUAGCUCCUCAAGCAUCAACUUCGUCAACGGCACCGGCGACCGCGAAGGCUUGAUCCGCGCCUAUGACGUCGAGCAGGGGGCCUUUGGUCUCUCGGAGCUGACUGAGGAUAGCGAUGGAGAGGGCGAACCGGGGCCCACGUACAAGCGAAGCGAGGUCCUCGAACAGACCUCUCUACACGCGAAACACGAUGGCCGAUAGUAUACGACUUUUCUUUACCUUACCCCCUUUAUUUAUUUUCUGUUUGCUCUUGCCGUUUCUUUCGAAUGUGAUCUCUCUCCUUACAUUUGAGACUUAUGUGUAUGCCUUGGAUUUUUUAUACCAGUCUUUCCACCUCCCAUUUCCUCUUCCCUCUCUCCCUCCCUCUCUUCCUCUCUCUCUCUCUCUCUCUCUAUUCCUCUACCUCCGUUUGUCGCCAUGAUACGAGCGACUUGUAUUUUUACUUUUCUACUUUUGCUUUUACUUACUUCCUACUUGGAGAUGGCUCAGUGAUAGGC